UCACCAGUAACAUAGUCGCGUAGAGUAGCACUCGUACCACGCGCCAAGGCUAGUUAAACCCGUAACAUCCCCCACGCCAUCCAGAGCUCUUGCAUUCCGUUCCGCUAUCACUCACUCACUCACUCACUCAGCACCUUCCCCUCCCUCAAUCCCCAACCCACCACGCGAACCUACCUACCACAACCACCACCUCAUCUGCACAAUGGUACUCCACAACAACAAGUGGGACCGUAAACAAAACCGCGACCGCGUGCGCAAGCUCAAGGCGAAGGGAAAAGAGGAUCCGGCCGCUGCUGUCACCGCCGCCGCUGCUAAGGAUGCUAAGGAUGGCAAAGUCGGAGGCAGAUGCAGGCGCGGUAAGGCUGCGGGUGGGGUUGUGACGCCGGCCGGGGCCAAAAAAGAUGAAGAAGAAGAUGAAGAAGAAGAGGAGACUGAGAGCUCGGGCUCGGAGGACGGUGAGGACGGGGAGGAGGAGAAUGGCGAGGACGGCGAGGAAAACGCGCACAAGGGCCAGUUUAGUCGGCGGAAGCUGGCCAGUAAUUCCUGGCGGUACGAGAAGGCUGCUGCAGCCGGGGACAAUCUGCUCGACCCGAGCGGCGCACAUGCACGAGCGGGGGGGGAGGGGGAGGAGGAUGGAGAGGAGGAGGAGGAGGUGCACGAGGACUACGUUGCGCUCACGCUGGCGAAGAAGGGCGGGCAGUGGGUGGAUGCGCAGGAGGAGAAGAUACGCAGCGGGGCGGUUGACGCGGCGUUUCUGCGGGAGAGCUGGACUCCGGCGAGCACGAAACAGCCGCUGAUCAGUGCGCUGCCGAUGAAGGGGAAUAUCGUCAAGGUGGACAGGAAGGACUUCGUCGACGUCACGGAAAAGAUCGCGAAGAGGAAUAAUGCCGAUGCGUUCCGGGCGAGGUUCGAGAGUAGUAAGAGUAAGGCGAAGAAGAGGGCGCCGAGAAUGGCGGCGGACGAUACGGGCGGCGGCGACGGCGACGACGACGGUGACGAUCUGGAUGCGUUCCUGGGAGGUCUGGAACUGGAUCCAAAAUUGGCGGGGAGGGGGAAGGAGGACGACGAUAAGCAGGCGGCGGCCGCGUGGUCACGGGAGAUACGGCCUGCUGUGGCGCCGCCGGCUGAUGAGGUGGAGACCGGAGACGAGUGGUUGGAUCAGAUGCUGGGUGGCCGUUGAUUGUACAAUCUACAAAUUACGGAUCCCCGCCUCCGUGCCCUUCGCCUCCCUACCCCACCCCCUGAAUUCCUGAUGAACCAGUUAAAGUGCAAUUGGUGAUUUCUGAGAUUUCAUCCGUUUUGCUCUUUUACCGGUAUUUGUUUUUCCAUUUGGAUAUUUAAAUUUCCCGUCGAUACAAGUGAAGGCUGAAGGCUCAAACCAAGUGGGUAUGUCGUUUGAGCCACCAGCCUUCCUUCCUUCCUUCGAGAUGAAUCAACUAACCGGAUCAUCCGAACACGCUCACUCGCCAUUACUUGGCCCGUAGGUGCUCUCGUACAUGGCAAGGCGACACCUACUGUAUAGUGAAGGGGAG